CCUCUCGGCAUCACUUUCCCGGUCAAUAAACCUGUAUAAACACACAGUCAAAUCCGGUGCUCUUUUUAAAUCUCUUCUUCUGCCUUUUUAUUUUAUUUUAUUUUUUUCCCCAAUUCCUCCUUUUCACACCAUUCUUUGCUUGUCUUCACCACCAAGUCAUCCCAGAUUCCCACAUUUCCUUUGCUCUACUUUAUCCAUCCUGUAAAGACAUAUCAUUCAAAGGCUAUAAAUUGUCUCUUCUAAGAAUCAAAGAAGCUCUCCAGGGUGCAAUGGCUUCGGGUACUAUUUAUGCGACAAUUCCUGCUAUUGUUGCUGCUGCUGGGAUUUAUUUCUUCGACAGAAACCAUUCUAAAUCCAAGGAACGUGGAGGCGGGAUUCGGGCAGCCAUUGAUAAACUGGUGGCAAAAGCAAAGGAAGAGGAGAAGACCACAAGGGCGCCAAAGUUUGCUCCACAGUUUGAUGGGUUACACUGCUUUGAAACUUUGGUGGGUCGUUAGUUCUGCUUGCUCUACCUUCAAGAUAAUUAUUCAAAGAAAUGUUUCAUUUUAGGACAACAGAUAUAUGAAACCUAGUGCUUCUGAAAGCAAUGCUGUAUUUUCUGUCACAAUCGUUCAUCAAAGAUCAUUUGUUUAGUCAUUCAAAUUCCAGUGCCAUAGAAGAGUAAUUAGCUAAGAAAGAAAGU